CGCACCGCUCGUCUAUUGGACCAGACGCGCAGUGGGCGACGCGCCUACCGAAGCUUAAAGACUUUUUUUUUUUCCGGGACAGGAGACAUGAGGUUCCCAGACACCUGUCAGGAGGACUAUACAUCCAAAAGCUGUAUUUGAGGCGACUGGAGGCUGCGUGUUUGGCCAUGGACGCGCUGUUAUCGUUAUUAUAGCCUCUCGGUGUCCAAGGAGCGUAAAGUUAUUCAGCUGCUUUUCUUGUUUUCCUUUGUGUUAUUCUUCCUGUAUUUUUGUUAUAUAUAUUUUUCAAGCCGCAUGAGUUCGCCGCUGUUUUUAGGUCAGCUGGUCGGGGUUCCGUUAGAAAUAAUGCACCCCACCAUGGAGAAAGACACGACUUACACCAAGAUUUUUGUCGGCGGUUUGCCGUAUCACACCAACGACGCUUCACUUCGGAAAUAUUUCGAGACUUUCGGGGACAUCGACGAGGCGGUGGUUAUCACAGACAAACAGACGGGCAAGUCCAGAGGAUACGGCUUUGUGACCAUGGUGGACAGAGGGGCAGCAGAGCGGGCGUGCAAAGACGCAAACCCCAUCAUCGACGGCAGGAAGGCCAACGUGAACCUGGCGUACCUCGGGGCGAAGCCUCGCAGCUCGCAGACAAGUCUCUCAGUUGGAGUUCAGCAAGUCCAUCCUACGUGGGCUCAGAGGCAAUAUGGGCUCGCCCAGCAGUACGUCUACCCCCAGGCGUUCCUCCAGCCCAGCCUGGUGCUGCAGUCCCAGCUCAGCCCCACAGCAGCAGCACUCACCUCCCCUUACCUGGACUACAGCUCUGCCUACAGCCACUACGCCCCCACAGGACUGGAGCAGUACCCCUACACCCCUUCACCGUCGCCCUCCGCUGGCUACCUCAGCUACAGCUUCUCGCCCGGGACUCCUGCGCCCGCUCUCACUGCAUCCCCGACCCCUCCGGCUGCCAUCCAUCCUCCUCUGGCUGCACUCACCACCAUGUCUGCCGCCCCGCAGGCCUUCCUCCACUACCCUCUGCACCAGCCCGACCGCAUGCAGUGAGCAGCUCCGGGUGGAGCUGGAGCUGCUGAGCUGAUGAUUCAAAACAGCAAGACUGUUGACCUGUGACAUCGUCAGGAUGAGACUGGAUAACCAGGAAGAGAGUGUGAUGUAAUCAAAAGGGCUUAAAGUAACCACUCUCAUUCCUGUUUUUAUAUAUAUAUAUUAUUGUUGUAAUAGUUAAUAAAAUGUUCUAUUGCUACCGUCAUCAGCAUACGAUCUGAAUGUUUUUCAUAAGACGUUUGGGACUGGAAUGAGACGACUGGUAAUCUUCUGGACGUUUCUCUUUUACCCGUGACCCUCAGCGCUGAGGUUGGAGGCAGGCUGACUGCUGGAGAGCGGAUGGGUAAAGACAAUGAGAAAUAUGUCUGUUUGACAUGAUGCUGCGGCUGCAGUUUCUCCAAAGGUACUGAGUUGAAUGCUGGAUAUUAGCCAAGCUGAGAGCCAGUUCCUCUUUCAGAAACGCAGGUCCAAUUACCUCCUCUUCAAGGUUACCUUUCUGUCUAUGGCCUUAGAGAUCUCUCUCUCUCUCUGUACCUGGUUCAGUUUGUGUUUGUCAUUUUUUAUUAGUCUUUCAUCUCCAGUGAACAAAAUGUUCUUUGUAUUCCCUUUUGUUCCUUUUAUCUACCGCUGCCAAGUCAUUACACGGUGAUAAUCACAGUUUAACAGAAUAUGCAAUUAUGAUGAUAAAGGAUGAGCAUGAAUAAGGUAGACAACACUGGUAUUUUGUUUGUGUAAUGCUACUGCUAGGACAUUUCUCAGAGAAAGACUUUGUUAACACUUAAAACACAAUAGUCAUCACAAAAGCUGCAACAAUUAAUCGAUUAGUUUUCAACUGUUAAAUUAAUGAUGACUAUUUUAUAAUCAAUUUGAGCAUUUUUUUAAAGAAAAAAAGUCCAAAUGCUCUGAUUCCAGCUUCUUAAAUGUGAAUAUUUUCUGGUUUCUUAAAUCCUGUAUGACAGUAAACUGAAUAUCUUCGGGUUGUGGACAAAACAGGACAUUUGAGGGCUUUGGGAACCACAUUUUUCACCAUUUUCUGCCAUUUUGUACACCGAACAACUAAUCGAUUAAUCAAGAAAAUAAUCAACAGAUUACAUAUGAAAAUAAUAAUUAGUUGCAGACGUAGUCCUCACAAGAAACUUAGGCCUGUAACUAUUGGUGUCUCUGGAUUUGGUCUUUGAGGAGUGUUUGGUUUUAUUAUAAAUUACAAAGUUGUCGAUACAUAUCAAGUAAAUGUGUUUGGAUGUAGGUGUCAAGAUGUAUGUUGUUACUGAAUAUGUGUGAGUGUAUUAGCUGUCUGUUUCUGUGUGUGUGAGUGAGAGAGAAAUAGAGCGAUGCAGUAUACGCCAGUGUCAGCACCGAGCUCCUUUUCCAGCCCAUUGUACUGGUCAGAGUUGUUUCUUUGUUUUUCUUUUUCCCAGCUGCAGAAUACAGACUGAUGCUUAAGUGGUGAAACUGGAGUCUCACGGUGCUGUGGCACCACCUUAGUAGUCGUAAACCAAGCCAUACAUCACAUUUACAACAAAUAUGCAAAAUAAAAUGAAUAUUUCUCAGAA